AUGAUAUACCUGAAGAUUAUCGUUGUGGGACUUUGCUCUGUACUUAUGUGGGAAACAGCUCGUGCAGCGCCGUACUCCAAUACUACAGUCUCCCUAGAAUAUAUACACGGAAAACCACGGAAAAAAUGCUACCCGGAUUACGUUCGUGAAAAGAACAAAUGUGUCCCGGUUUGUACACCGCCUUGCGAGAACUCCAAGUGUACCCGACCAAACUACUGCACCUGUAACGACGGAUAUAGACAGCUGUCGAACUUCAGAUGCAUUCCCCACUGCGAAAGCUGUGACAACGGAUUCUGCAUCAGACCGGGGUUUUGCCAGUGCCAGCACGCGGAAAACGGGUGUAACGACUGCGAAAACGGAUACUGUUCGGAACCGAACGUUUGCAGUUGCCAGGAGGGUUACGAGUUUCCGCACCCCGAAAAUGACGGCGACUGCUUUCCAAUUUGCGAGGACGAAUGCCGGAAUGCGCGCUGCACCGGACCAAACUCAUGCACGUGUCUUCCGGGGUACAACUUUACGUAUUUCAAUACACUGUUCAAGUGCCUGCCGGUUUGUGAAGGUGAUUGCCCGAACGGGGUUUGCGUGGCUCCCGAAACGUGUAAAUGUAAUCCAGGAUUCAUUAAGCACGAAAAAUCGUGUAUGGAACCUCUGGAGGUGUGCCGAGCCAGAUGCAUAAAUGGCAUCUGUGACAAAGAAGCGAAGUGCGUUUGUAACCCUGGCUACGUUUUGAAUUUGACCGGAUUGUGCGAAAAGAUCUGUCCGAAGGGCUGUGUUCAUGGGAAGUGUAUCGACGGGAUGUGUUUGUGUAGCGAAAAUUACCGGUUGUCGCUGACGAAUUCCUCGGUGUGUAACCCGAUUUGUGCUGAUAACUGCUACAAUGGCCGGUGUGUCGAGCCGAAUGUUUGUAAGUGCGAUGUGGGGUAUACUUUUAUUGACGGAAGUCGAACGCGAUGUCAAUCGAUUGUGGAGCUGCAGCAGGAGAAGGAACGACAGCGAAAACAGCAGCUGUGUCUGCAGGAAUGCCGCAACGGAGUUUGCGAACAAGGGUACUGUCAGUGUAAGACCGGUUACGUUAAACCGGAGAACCAGAAUCAUCGAUGUGUUCCCCUAUGUGAUCCCAUUUGCCGGAAUGCAACCUGCGUUGAACCAGAUCGCUGUGAAUGUCAUCAAGGUUACGAGUUUUACAAUGACAGUAGUUCAGUUUGUUUCCAUAAAGACGAUGUUAGACGAUUCCAGAUUCAAUUGAAGCAAGAUCAUUGUGAACACAACUGCCGUGAUGGGUUCUGUGAAGAAGGGAAGUGUAUUUGCCCUGUAGGGUUCGUUCUCUCAAUAAACGAUGAGUUCAACUGUCAGCCAUUUUGUGAAAAACCUUGUCAUAAUGGCGUUUGCGCUGGUAACAAUCGAUGUAGGUGCUUUGAAGGGUACAAGAACGUAAACGAUAGCAGUACCUGUGAACCAGAUUGUGAACAAGAAUGCCUCAACGGACACUGCAUUGGUCCUAACGAAUGUGAGUGUAAUUCAGGAUAUGUUUUCGUGGAGGGAAGCAAAAUUGAAUGCGAAAAAACUCUUUCGCUGAUCGCUAAAGAGAAACAAGAGGCAUGUAAAGCCAAGUGUAAAAACGGCAUUUGUGUAGAGGGGGUUUGUAAGUGUUCUGAAGGCUACUAUAAUGCUGACAAAUCGAAGAUGACCUGCGAACCGUGGUGUGAACUGGGUUGUACAAAUGGACAGUGUGUAGAUGGUGGGGUUUGUGUUUGUAACGAAGGUUAUGAAUUACAAAAUGGCCACGACUGUAAACCAAUUUGCACAGAAGAUUGUGUGAACGGUUUUUGUGGAGCACCAGAAAGGUGUGAUUGCUCUCCAGGAUACAGAAGAACACUCGAUGACAUCAUGUGUAAGCCAGAUUGCGGUGUUGGAGGAUGCACGAAUGGACACUGUGUGGCUCCUGAUAUUUGUGAAUGCUUCGCAGGAUAUCAGCAAAAUGAGGAUGAUUCAAUCAAAUGCGACUUAAUUCCGGAGAUAAUUUACAAAGUCGAUAGCCAAAGCAACUCCCUGAUGUACAACGAAACCCACGUCAAGUACUUAAUUCCACUGGCGGUGAUAGCGACACUCAUUAUGGGGGCGAUCGUGACGAUGAACGUACUGCACAACCUCGGCAAACUUGGUAGAACCCGUCGGUCGGUCGGUGUCGCUGGCCGCGAGAUGCACGUGGUCGUUGUAAUCCCUACAAACACCAAGGAAAACUGUGUCUACUUCAUGCCGCAACCGGCGGACUCGACGAAAGACAACGAGGACAGAUUUAGUGUGUAG